AUGCAUUCAUCAGCAACUGUGAAAAUCUGUGAAUUAGAGCAAGCGCGUAUUGAAGAAUCGGUCUGGCACGAGGCAUUGGAGGAAGAAACUGGUGAGCACGUGCAAGAUUCGUCAUAUGUGAAGCAGACGACAGUAAAUGAUUUCACUUCCGGUCAUGAACAGUCUGAUAAGAACACAAGAAGUGCACACGACGACUGUGUAAUUAUAAAUACACCUAACAACACUCAUUUGGUAACGGAGCAACGUAAGAAUGGAUCAAUGAAUCAGAACGCGCAUCCAUCUGAGAAUGUAGUCACGAGCGUUUUGAGAAAUACAGACACUAGCGUUUUGAGAAAUACAGACACUAACGUUUUGAGAAAUACAGACACUAGCAUAGAAUCAGCUUUUCAGUUGCUGGCAAAUACGUUACAAGAAGGAUUCAACUUACCAAAGCCGGAGCUCCUGAGAUUCAGCGGUUCAACAUUGGAAUACUGCAAAUUUGUGAAUAACUUUGAAACAAACAUUGACUGUAAAGUUCGUGACGACAGGUUACGACUUAGUUACUUGAUACAAUACUGCGACGGAGAGGCAAAAAGUGCAAUAGAAGACUGUGUAUUACUGAGUCCAAGUGAAGGUUAUAAACGAGCAAGAGACAUUUUGUACUCACGGUAUGGUAGGCCACAUAACAUUGCUAGAACUUAUGUAGAUAAAAUUGUUAAUGGUCAUUCCUUAAAGGCGUCUGACACUAAUGGUCUUUCAGAUUUAGCACUUGAGAUGAGAAAAUGUGAAAUUACUUUGUCUCAGUUAGGAUUUAAGUCAGACAUAGAUAACACAGACAACUUACGUCGCAUUGUUAGACGUUUGCCUAUGCACGUCCGCGGUAAAUGGGUAGAUAUUGCACACUCAAUUACUGAGUCUGGUAGGGAACCGGGCUUUUCAGAUCUAGUGAAAUUUGUAGAAGAAAAGGCUCGAAUCGCCACUUCCCUAUAUGGCCUUGACCUUGCAAAUGAGAAGAGUCAUGGUAAGAUUGUUGAAGAUCGAACCUUUAAGUCAAAGCCAAGUCCUGCACCUCGUAGAAAUAAUGCUGUCAGUUUUGCUACGAAUAGUGCAGUAAACAAUCCUAUGUAUAAGCCGUCACGUAAGUGCUAUUGUUGUUCAGGUAGUUGUAAAGAUUUAGCUUCAUGUACGAAAUUUACAGCCAUGAAUUUAAAUGACAGGGAACAGUUUGUAAAAAAGAACAGACUUUGUUUCAAUUGUUUAAAGGGCAAACAUUUUUCUAACGUUUGUAGAAAACCUACUGGGUGCAAUGUAACAGAAUGUAAAUCUAGACACCACUUUCUUUUACAUAGUUGGGUAGAUAGUAAAUCUGAUCACACAGAUCAACAAUCCGUCGUAAAUUGCGCAACUAAAAGCGGAUCUUAUGUGAAGAACUGUUUAGGUAUAAUACCUGUACUUGUUAGAGGUAAAAGUGGGACAUACUGCAAGACUUAUGCUUUGCUUGACGAGGGAGCUGACCAGACAUUAUGUGAUGAACGCUUGUUGAAAAUGCUGAACCUAACCUCUAAACCUGUGACGUUCAAGAUGUCUACAGCAAGCUCUUCCGGUAUUAUCGUCGAAGGACAGGAAGUUGAGCUGCACGUGCAACCGGCGUCAGGUGGUAACGACGUUACGUUGAGAAAAGUUUGGUCAGUGAAAUCUCUUCCAGUAUCAACUAGAUCUGCUGCGAAAAACGCUGACAUCCGAGAUCUACCAUAUUUAUCUAAGAUAGAAACCCCUGAAAUCGACUCUAGCUCUGUGAUGCUUCUUAUUGGAACAGAUGCACCACAGGCACAUAUACCCUUAGAAGUGCGUUCAGGCCGCCAUGAUCAACCCUACGCCAUUAAAACUCAACUAGGCUGGGCAGUGCGUGGACCUGUUACAGACACUACAACACAGAAAUCAGCUAAUGUAAAUUUUCAGCAGUCAGCUGAUGUAUUGUUACAACAACAACUUGAGAAAAUGUGGACUACGGACUUUGAUGACAAAGUGAAAGUAGAAAGAAAUUCAAUGUCUCUAGAAGACAAGAAAGCUUUAAACACUAUGAACUCUUCGUUGAGAUAUGAAAAUGGACAUUACAAACUGAAAUUACCAUGGCGUGACGAGAAAGCAGUAAUGCCUAACAACUUGACUCUUGCGCAUGCGCGACUCGAACAUUUGAAGAGGAAGUUAGCACGAGAUCAAGAGCUGCAUAAAAUGUACACAGCAUCAGUAACUGACUAUAUCCAGAAAGGACAUGCACAGGAAGUAACACACAUUGAAUCUGAUAGUAACCGCGUGUGGUACUUACCCCAUCAUCCUGUGACAAAUCCUAAUAAGCCCGGAAAAGUGAGAGUUGUAUUUGACUGUGCCGCCAAAUACAAAGGAAUUUCCCUAAAUAGUCAACUUCUACAAGGACCCGACUUUAUGAACAGCUUGGUUGGCGUUUUAAUCAGAUUUCGUCAAGAGCCCGUUGCUAUAGCAGCCGACAUCGAGGCUAUGUUUCAUCAGGUCCGUGUCGAAGAUUUAGAUUGUGAUGCCCUACGGUUUCUAUGGUGGCCUGAAGGGGACAUGACUCAACAACCUAGAUGCUAUAAGAUGCUGGUACACCUAUUUGGCGCGACCUCAUCCCCAAGUUGCACAGCAUAUGCAUUAAUACGAACAGCGUCGGAUAACGCGCAUAUGUAUAAACCAGAGGUAGUCAACACCGUUAAAAGGAACUUUUACGUUGACGACUGCUUAAAAUCAGUUUCUUCUGAUGAGAAAGCAAUCGAGUUAGCCGCAGACUUGCAGUCAUUGUUAAGGAGAGGAGGAUUUCGUCUGACGAAAUGGCUUAGCAAUAAGAGAGAUGUCGUUGAAUCUAUCCCAGAGUCAGAACGAGCGCGAUCUAUAAUGAAUCUUAGCAAGAGUGACAGUUCGCCAGUAGAUCGUGCCCUCGGUGUUCAGUGGAAUGUAGAAAAAGAUGAACUCAAAUUUAAAGUGCAAUUAAGUGAAAAACCAAUAACAAGACGCGGCAUCCUUUCCAUCGUCAGUUCCAUAUUUGAUCCCCUUGGACUGGUAGCACCAGUAACUCUACGUGCAAAGGCUAUAGUACAAAACCUAUGUAGACAGAAGCUUUCAUGGGACGAUCCUAUCCCUGAAAAAGAUACGUACGAGUGGAAACAAUGGUUAGAUACUCUUCCAUAUUUAGAAUCUGUCUCUGUGAGAAGAUGUUUUAAACCACAGGACUUCGGAACCUUAAAGAAUGCCCAGCUACAUACAUCUAUUCCAAGACUUGAACUUUCAGGAGCAGUUGUCGCUUCUCGGCUUUAUACGCUAGUAGCAGACGAACUAGAAAUAAACAUUGACAGUGUGACAUUCUGGACAGAUUCUAUGAUUGUCCUUGGAUAUAUUAAAAACGAAAACCGGAGAUUCAAAACCUUUGUUGGAAAUAGGAUAAGUGAAAUUCAUGAUGUGACGUCACGAGACCAAUGGAGACACGUAGAUACGGCUUCCAAUCCAGCAGACGUCGCUUCUAGAGGAAUGCAUGCCAGUGAUUUUAAGACAAUGAAAUUUUGGAUGCAUGGACCUGAAUUCCUUCAAAAAGAUGAAAGCCAUUGGCCAAGCCACCUAACUAAACCUGAAUUAGACGACGACGACACUGAGCUGAAAAAAAGAGGUUGUCGUCAACACAACUAG